AUGCGGGAGGUCCAACGGCAAAAAUGUAAGUUUUUGCUUAGCGUAGACGCAACUCCCCCCGCCGCGGCUAUCUUGGCGAUCAUUUCGAAUGCAAUUAUAGCCUAGAAGAGGGAGUUCGGAGUCAGCUACGGAGGCUGAUGCCCACGUCUCAGUUACUAAAAAAAUAUCUGGACAAUGGACGAACACCAGAUUCUGAAGCAAAGGCAUCUUAUUAAGCAAGGAUCUGACAUUUAAAACAAAAAGUUUGAAGGGAAGGACAGUUUGUUUUUGAGGUAAGUGGGCUGCAUCGUCCAGUGCUGGAACUAUACUCCAGAAAUCCCUGUUUUUAUAAUAGGGACAGCAGUAGACAGCUUACUGAGUAACUAUCACUAUCGUUUCUUUCACGAGGGCAUAUCUAUUAGGAAAUAGACAUAACCCAAUGAGAUAUCCUAGGGAAACAUUAAAGCGUUGAUCAGACGAAUUUUAACUGUGGUUUCAAAAAUUGUGAAUCCAAGAAAACUUUUCCUCAGCAAGAACUAAGUCCUACUUAUACCAUUAACUUAGAAAAUCUAGUUUAAACAGAUGAUUUUGCGGACUAGCCGGAUGUUGCCUUAACUAAAAUAUAACCAGACAUAGUUAAAAUAAAACCUUAUUAAAUUCGGAAUUGUUUCUAUGCACAAUUUUUGCAUCGAGGCAAUGCCGCUUGCACAGCAGAAAACUUAUUUUUGGUCUCCGUUCGGAGUUCUGCCUUCAGUCCUGGUUCCCAAAAUCGGUUGAUUACUCAGAUUACGGGAACAGUUGAACGUCAAAUGUAAACAGCAUUCGUUAACUUUGUACUCGCCUCGACGGUACAUAUACUGAAAUUGGAACGAUAUAUUCAAUAGCUCUGAAGCACAUCGGCAACGAAGGUAUUUGAAAGCCUCGGAUGUCCCACCGUCACUUAGGGGGAAAAAAUGAAGACUUUAACGGCACGAAUUUUGCAGUAUACAGGAUACUUUGUGCGGCUGAUGGCGUGUUCUUCCAGCGCAAGCCCCUUUUCUCCUUCAUCGACAUCCACAAUUGACGUAAAAGGCUCGUUUGUAUACAUGAGCUUAGCGAAUGACCUUCCCAUUGCGAAUUACAGAUCAGUUGAUUCAGAUGCCAGUGAGGCUGGUUACGCAGUCUGUGCUUACUGUAAUCAACGAUAGUUCUAUUUUAAUCUACGUAUAAAGCAAAGUAAGGGAUAAUUUGCUUGCCGAAGCAUAACUUUUCUCUGUUCACAUCCACUUUCCGACAGAAAACCAUCUUAUCUACUGCCAUUUAAUACAUAUGGAUAUAUUCAUGGCGUUGGAGCUUUUUAUUUAACUUUGAAUCCCUGUCUUAUCAUUUCUUCAACCUGUUUUAGUGUUUUAUGAGUUUAUGUCUGCACUAGUUUGACAUUUUUGGCAGUUUUGAACGCUUAUUACGCACGUGUAUGAUGUUUCUUGUCCCAUAUUUUUACAAUAUACUUUCGGUGAUUCCAUCAGAUAAGGAGUUCAUAGGGGCACAUCAAAAUUUCUAAUCUGAACCAGCAAGGGUCUUAUCAGCACCUUGUCGGACAUACAUUCCCAGUUAGAUGCCAGGACAUCCGAAGCAUUAACGUGAUGCUACCGAAAGCCAUAGUAUCAGUCCCCGUAGCAGCUCUCCCCACCGACCUUUUUAUUCCUCACUAUCCGCUCAGCGACUCCUAAUCUACUGCACACUUCCUACCUUUAAAGUCCUGCACGCUAAAGACUGCGCGUUACUAACCACACGUAACAUUUUAGGCAAAUUUCCAAACUGCCGAAAAAUUCGUCUUGUAAAAGAUCACUUUAAAAUAUUUACCGCUCUAUAGUUGUUUUGAUCACCGCUGUUUUACUAUACUAUAAAGGCGCCGCUCAUCUCAGUUGCGCUCGGUCUGAUCGCGUCUCGGUUUAUUUGGAUUUGGUGCGUGUAUAUAACAUUACCUUUAAACUUUGCUCGUAGCAACUGUAAGUGGGUCUUUGUAUAUCAGUUUGUAGAGCGCCGAGUGUUCUGAAGCCGUGCCGCAUAUUGUUGAGGAUUCGGCCGCUGUCGACAUUAGCGAGUUUAUUUGAGCGCUCGAAAACGCUUGCCUGUUUUUCCUCAAUAGAUUUAACGACUAGUAGUUCUUUCUGCUGUUAAUACUACUCUACUUUGCCGACAAUGGACUACCGGUAGGUCGCGUUGUGCCAAUAAGUGACGUCGACGCCACGUCAGCGAUCGCUGACGUCUCGCUGCACAAAACUCGACUCUAAUAGCACACUCGUCCUGGGCUAGCCGUCGUAGUUAGUCUGUUGUUGGUUUUGUGAUUGACUGGCUCUUAUUUAUAUAUCCUGCGAGGACAGUCCGUUGAGUGGUCCAUUGUCGGGAUUGACACAGUCUGUAUCCAGUCAGCCAAACAGAUCAAUAGUCGCGCAUAAGCCCGAAAAUCUGUGUUGCCCGUGUAGGGCUAGACAGAGGCCAGUACUCUUAGCAUUUUAAUCUCGGAAGCAAUUAGUACGGUGCUUUGAGGUAAAUUCUGCUAAGUGAAGCUCUGUAGGUUCACUCCGGAGGUUGAUAUGAAUAAUUAAGCUAAAAUCCAUCAGCUACAGUGGGACGGCCGCGUAACAUUCAUGAACUGCCAACAAACAACUAGUAGUAUACACAUGUUGCUAGUACAUAGUUAAAUGACAUAAUUGUUUCUGAGUGUUCACUGAGUUUUAGACACGUUCGUUGUUCCAGGCAAAGCGUAAAACUGUCUGCGGUCCUAUUUUUAUAUUUGCCCAGUUUCUUUCUGUCCGUGCAUAAAACUGUAUAACCGGUUUGAUUUAUUGAAUAAUUUUUCGCACUAUCAUCUCACUAUAUUGCCCUCAUUCCUAUGUUUGGUAAGGUCUUUGGGUAUCUGCUUAAAUGUUUAUCUGUCGCACGAGUUGAUCGUCCUUGUACACUUUGUGCCAGGGCAGUAGGCGUGAUAAUUUGUGUUUCAAAAAUAUAUGUUCGGUUCAUUUUGUGCUUUGACUUGUUUCUCCGUCUCGAGAGGCCCUUUUCACUUUCUUCAGCAUGCUAUAAUAGGGUAGGCUCUUUAGAGUGCUCCGUUAUUCUGACCCGCAACUUUGUUGAGGCAGUUCUUCAUGUCAUCGCUUUUAGCACAAGCUUUAGUGACGGUGCGUUCAUUUUUGGGUGCAAUCGCUUGCUUGCCGGAAAUCGUAAGCUGUGAAACCCGCCUUCUACCCAUCCCACACCUCGUCCAUCAUUCGUGUACCCACCCACCACUUUGCAUGUUGACAUGUCAGAAAACAAGAGAUUUUCGCAAUAUUUACCGAUGAUCAGUUAAAAGCACCAAGAUCGACCUCGGCCUUUAGUCGCCACUUAGCCUGUCCACAUAUACCAUCUUUCGAUAAGGUCAUAAAUUGAGUGAAGUAAUACUGUCUCAACAUCAGCAUCGGGUCUUAAACUCAGCAUAGGAAGAGGUACGCUUUUUUCCCUUCAAGAUUUUCCUGAGUCCCGUUUAAUAUAUUUUCCACUCUUCCCAUUUCGAUGACUCGUAGGAUUUUGGCAUGUCGUGUUUGUUCUCUUUCGGUCUGAAGUCUUCGUGCGUUUUCCAGGGGCCUCUAAAGAAGUUUAUAGGGGGGUAAGAGUUUGGAAAGGCUGCGAUAGCUCUUUUGUCAUAUUUUCAAAGUCGUUGACCUCAACCAGACGUUAACUCACCUAAAUGCUUAACCUUUUAUAUUUCCUUGACCUAAGAAAGCUUCGUGGACAGUCUCUAUUACUGAUCAGAAGAAGAAGCGAUCGCUGGAACAAUGGCUUUAUUCGCCUGACGUUUCGGAUUCUCUCUUGAAUCCAUCAUCAGAGACAGUUGCAGAAAAGGGUGGCUAGUGUACAGGCAGUCGCAGUAUUUAUAGGAUGCGGUCGCCAUGCUACCGCAUACCUACAGCUGUAGGUAUGCGGUAGCAUGGCGACCGCAUCCUAUAAAUACUGCGACUGCCUGUACACUAGCCACCCUUUUCUGCAACUGUCUCUGAUGAUGGAUUCAAGAGAGAAUCCGAAACGUCAGGCGAAUAAAGCCAUUGUUCCAGCGAUCGCUUCUUCUUCUGAUCAACUAGUUCCUGGAACUCGCAUUUUCGCUUGUAUCGGCAGUCUCUAUUACUGUCGUUCUAACCAUAUAGGGCUUCUGCGCGGAGACAACACUGACUGUCGCAGAAAACCAAGUAAUGACUGAACUCACUCAGACGUACGCUUUUCCCACAGUAAUAUGUAGCGUAAAAAUUGCAUUACUGCCCUUCCUGACUAAAGCAGUGGUGUGUCAAAGGCACUUUUCCCUCUGGCAUUAUAGGUUAUUGCUCGAGCUCUGCCUGGAACACAUUUGACAGCAGUCUUAAGGAUAAUAAGAGCUCCGGAGGAUUGGCCAUAAUUCGAACCUAUGACACUUCUGUGGAGUUUCCCCAGCAGACUGACAGAUUGACGAUUAUAUCUAUACCUCAAAUCAACGUAUUCGCAUCUGCUCACGAAACAAAAAUGCGUAUUCCUGGGCAUAACUGAGAAGAUAAGUCGAUUACCGAACUAAAGUUUAAAGAGUAAACCUUCAGCCUAAAUCAUUGAUUUACUGCUGUAUGCAAACCUCAAUUCGGAAGAAAUCUUAUUUGUAACCAAAUCCACGGUUCAAUAAAGUUAGCCGUGGAUAUCCAGCUUUUUGCAGUACUUUUUGGAGACCGAUUGUCUGAAGACGGCUCUUCGCUGGAUGCCAGGGAGUAGCGAUUUCCUUGAGUUUUUCUGGGCCAUGCCUUACAUCAGACGUUUCUACGACUAACUGAAAUAGGUUGUCUAAUCCCUUUCUAAUGCUCAGGCUUCUCUAGCUUUACUGCUUGUUGUCUGGUUGACGCCUUCCCUACUAAGUUAUUAAUUUUUCCACUUAAAAAAACAACGUUGCUCGCCAGAAUAGGAGUUCGGUAGUUCUGAUAAGGUGUAAAACUGAUAAACGACGAUGUUUUACACGCGCUGACUGUUCGUUUGCAGAUUUUUUACACGCUCAUUGUUGUUAGGUAAGAAGACUGAGUUACAGAUGAUACGAAAUAAGCCUUCCCACAAACAGUUGUUACGUUCGACCCCUCCAGUAAUGUGUCAGAUACUUAAGACAGUUUGUUCUAUGAGCUAGAAGUUCGGUUGGUGGGUGUCAGUUCCGUACUACGUCUUCACAAGAUCGUUUAUAUGAAUAAGAUCACGAGUCACUUUCGGGAUAAUCAACAAGUGUUAUCAACACGACCCUUUUCCGACGUAUCCGUUUCCUAGAUCGGCUGGAACGAUUUCCUGCUAUUCUAUCAUAUACGCCCUCGCACUCACGAUGACCUAAUGUCCUAUUUUUUUAAAAAAAACGUUGCAUUCUUUUGUUCCAUGGAAAGGAAACAAGCAAACGUGUCUUCCCUCUCUAUUUUUGUAUCUUACGCGGUCCUUCUUACUUUAUGUUGACAGUGUGACUGCUUCAAAAUGUUAUCGUGCCCGUUCUUGAAAAAAGCGCCUGCUGCGUUCUUCCAGAAGGAACCACAAACACUCCUGACAACCGCUCUUCGAUGCCCAUUCGCUCAGCGUGUUCUGUCACAGCUCCCGACCGAGCCGGUCCGGACGGUGCAGACUGCUGCCGCGACAGAGAAGUGUGAGAGGCCGUAUCCACCCGUUUGCGGUAUGUUUGUCAGUUUCUCCGCAUUUGAGCGUGUGUUAGUUAGGUAGUGCAGAUACAACGAGACUCGUGUCGUUUUUCUAUUCGACUAGAAAGCUGAUCGUAGAUCGGAAGUGUUUCUGUGUGGCACGUUAUCCAUAUUUAUAGUUUGUACCCGUUAGAACGAUUUGACAUGUGCCCUUAUAGUUUUGCCAGAACUUAUGGAACCGACUCGGAGCAGUCUUUGGAGCGGAAAAUUAGGGUUCAGCCAAAUUUCAUGCAAACAUCCGAAUUGAAGACGAGCAACUUAGGCAGAGUAGUCGCUUAUUGUUCAAACUAACCGAGGAAUCGCGUCAACAGGCCUCCACCACCAUUACCUGCCAAUAACUCUGAUGCGUCUUUCUCUGAUUGUUGAUAAUGCAGUUUCGUCGAAAGGCUGUCAACUUCUGCGUAAAUAACCCGUUAUGUCUUCAAGAGUCUUCGGAAUGAACCUCAACAGUUCUGUUUCGGAGACCGCUCUGAGUUUAUCCAACGUUUCCUGAGAAACUGUGUUGUGGUGUUUAGAAUACUUCCAAAAGCAACCUGAGAGAACGAUAUACGCAGUCGUGAAAAACCCGCGAAGUUUGCCAGAGUCUGUAGACGUGAAUAACCUACACUGACAAUUGCUAUUGGCGUACAUACAUUGUUAACCAGCUUCACUCUGUUAUGUAUGGAGUCAAUAGUGUCUAGCUAAUCGGCGAUUUUAAGACAUCCUACAGGUACUUUCUGAUAGCCGCAGUAAUGGACACGGAAGGGUCCCCCUAGUGUCUCUAUGGUGCUUAUUCGGAUUUUUUGGUAUAUUUUAGAUGUAAAUCAAAGAGACUAGGGUAAACGACAAUAUUUCAGGGCGGUUGUUCGUCGGUGUUGUCUGAUUCCAGAAGGACUUAAAGAUAGGUCACUAAUCUGACGUUCCUGCGAGCUGAGUCACAUGUCAAUGCGCUGUCGACUGUGAUAGCCGAUAUCCAGUCGCGUGGGAGUAACGCUCACCGAUCGCAUUUUGUUACACAACGGAUCCACCUCCCAGACCUUCUUGGCCUUGGGCCGCAUUGUUGCUGGUUAACGACAACUAAACCAGAAAUGACCGUGCCAGUCAUCCUUGCAUUUUUCGUCGAAACGGUUUAGUCGAGACAAGACUCUGCCCACAACAAUCUCGAGCAUGGGCUUGCGGUAUUGCUGGGCUCCUAUUACAGUCAGGCUAAAGGAUUUCGCCCAAAGAUGUGCUCAAUGCAACAGUCUUCAGACCAAGAUCCCGGCGCCGUAUCGCUGUCAGAGCAUCUACUUUUACCGUUUUUUGAAGGGUGCCAACGGCUGCCUACCCCUCUCCUCCCCCUCCCGUAGGCCAAGCCUCCUUCACAAACACCCGCACUCUAGCUGGAAUGGGCUUUACGGAGAAGAUGGUUAUCCGAUUGUCUCGUGCGAUAGUUCAAUUGGAGCUCGCAGAACAGGACCAAUGUUGGGCAAAUGCAAUACAUGGGAGUGUAGUAGCACGCCUAGACGCAGGCUCACGCCAUGUCAGCCACCUUCGUUCGAUCCCGCCUCCGGUCUUGGUCCUGUCUUGACGCCGGGCCUAUGGGGUAAGGGGGGGGAGAAAGUGCAGUAGAUGCAGCGCAAGUCACCGUUCCUGGAGCUCUCAGAACAGGACCAAUACUGGGUACCCAUGUAUGCCGAAACAAACCUCUAGGAUGCCUACAAUCCGCCUGAUCAUAGAAAGUAGUUAAGACUGCUAACGUCAACACCCUCGGCAUCAACUGCAGUACGUCUAUCAUUCACACAGAGAAUUGGCCCGUAUACGUCUGCUUUAGUUUACCCAGGUGGGCUUGGUAUGUGCUCUAUCCAGUUGCUAUUCUUAGGAUUAAUUUGGAACAUGGGUGGAGGGGAGACCGCGACCAGAUCAUAAGUUCAAUGUAUUGUUUUGACUAGGUCAAUGGCCUGUUUGCUCUGCUGUUGCCACUUACUUACUCUGUAACCAUGUAUCGGGUCGAAGACGUCUGGUUCAUUAGCAGCUUGAAAACAGUCUGACAGCAUAGAUACUAGCUCGACAGUUCGACCGUCGUUACCGACGAUGUCCACCGUGUGUCUCACAGCAAGGUGGGCUCAGAAACGGGGACUUGUGCUUGAACUAGAUUAUAGUGGCAGUAGAUUUGCGCUGCAUAUACCGCACUUUCCCCCCCCCCCCUAUCCCAUAGGCCCGGCGUCAAGAUAGGAUCAAGACCGGAGGCUGGAUCAGGCGAAGGUUGCUGACACGGUGUGAGCCUGCACCUAGGCGUACUACUACUACUACUACUACUACUACUACUACUACUACUACUACUACUACUACUACUACUACUACUACUACUACUACUGCUUCUACUACUACUACACCCCCAUGUAUAGCAUUUGCUGUGGGUCCGCGGCCCAAUAACGCGUGCCAUACCCUGACCUGCCCCCCCCUUUGUUGGUCCAACACAACUCCCGCACGGCCCAUUUUAUGGGCGCACAGGUACUAGCUAAAAGCCCAGCCAGGCGUGUUUCGCUGGUCUUGUGCGGCCGCUUGAUGCAGCUGCUAGGGGUCCGGCUUAUCAGUGGCUCCAGCCUCCCCCAUGUACUUUUUGGAAUAUGAACUCCGGUUUCCAUGCUGUUUAGACCGUCUCCAAAAAUCGAGAUUAAUAUUUCAGCUUAUUUACCCCAAGUUCGCGAGUUAAUUUCCGAGGAAAGGCAAAAGUCUAACAUCUUGUUACAGUGUCCCCUUACCAACUCACUUGUUGGGAGUUAAUUCUCUAAGGUGAAAUGGGUUUAGAGUAUGAUUGUGCCGGCAGACCACAUUCCUCCAGGAAUAUUUCAUCCUCGUCCCAACUGUUUCGGCCUCCUCCUCCUCCCCCGCACGAAUCACACAGAAAUCCUAAACAUAGUAGCCGUUGGCUCUCACACCACGCCCUUCAAUAGAUCUUCUUAGCGGCUGCUUUGUUUCCAAUUUAUUUGCUUCUUCACCUAUCAUCGUUCCACGUUGAUGACUCCCUAGCAUUCUCUUGCCUUCCACCGAGCAGGAGCUUGGUUUUUGUUUUGGGAAAUUCCCCUCUUACAUGGCAGUUUUAGUUUUAUAACGUAAACCAUGAGAAUUCGAAUACAUACAGCCAGAAAAGUUCACCUUCUGAAAUGUACUCCAGACGUCGUCCAAUACUCAUACAGCUGGCGGGGCGGGGCUUUUCUCGCUGUGUGGAUUCGCGUUUUUACGGUCUGCCUCGUAAAAUGAUAACUGUGCCAAAGUUGAGUUAAGCACUACUGCCAAUUUUAUCUUUCUCUGAUGUUUGCUACUGUUUUUGUCGUAGAUACGGUAUCGGACUGCAUCCUCAAGAAAUGCCCGUACGCAGGCCAGGUGGAGCGUUGUUCCUCACUCAGGUCCGUGGAUGAGAGCCGGCAACCGCCUGUGCAGACCGAAUUUGGUAAGGUGGUCUCAGACCAGCUGUUUUGCUGUGCUGUGACGGACGUUUAUUGCACCUUCUAGCCAAGCUAAUGUUUGAUUAGGCAGUCCCGUGCCGAACUUUCUGAUGCGUUCCUAUCAUCUCUAGACUAUUUCUAUGCGAAAGUUAAGUACAGGAAACUGCCCUCACCCUCUCUGCAUUAACAUCAUGCUAAAAGUUCAAGGUCGAAUCAAAGCCACCAGAGGUGAGAUGGGCAGAUGCAGUUGGCAGUCAUUGGGCACCCCUCCUACGCAUGUUCCACCCAUGACGUUAAGUCAGCCAAACCGAACAAAGCAAUUCCGCUUGGACGCCUGUUCGCCACAGAAUUUUCAUCGCGUUCUGCUCGGACUCCACAACAGUACAAGUUUUGAGGGCCAUUCGGAACGAUAGUUCCACCACUGCGAACAGGUAAACCAAGUUCCACCUCACGAGGUGAGCCCAGCGCUGGCCUGUGCGUGAACCUUAGUAAUGCUGACUUUCGAAGCAUCCUUCUCACUUGUCCCACUUCCACCGCCGUCGUCAAUACGAUCGAGUGUGGGCGUGGGUGUAGUGGCCCACAAUGCCAAGGAGCUCGGUGACGCGUGCCGCGUGUGGCCUGCUUCCCAACACCAUAUGCACCAGAUUUUAUUUAAAGGGAGUCACUGAUCUCACGCAAGUGGAAGUAAUGUUGCAGCCCGGCACUCAAUCCCGAGUAGAACCGAGUCACCCUGUCAUUUGGCAACUCUGCCGCGUCAUGACAGUUCGACUGUCGAUUCCGACAAUGUCCGCCGUGUGCUACACAGCAAGAUGCAGCAGGUACGGUGACUUACGCGUUGAUCAGUUUAUAUUGAGGGUGGACUUGCGCAGCAUCUACCGCACGCUCCUCCCCCCCACACCGGUGUCAGGACAGAGUCAAGAAGACUGUAGGCGGGGGGGAGCUCAGGUGGCUGACACGGCCGGACUCGCACCUAGGCGUGUCACCACACCCCCUGGUCUACAGCAUACACUUGACCAACAACAACACCCCAACAGGGGGUCAGAAGGAUGAGGACGAGAACUGGGCAGCUAUGCCCAACACCUGUAUACCCAACGGGAGCACAAGCGUAUCAACCAGCAGGGAACUGCCAGCGCAUACCAGACUGCGAGGGCCAUGGUUUGCUGAUGCUGGCCUGGCAAAUGCUUUCAGAUCUUUUGACCCCAUCACGUUAUAAUAGAUUCAAGAGCGUCAGGUUUGUUCUUAGGAGUGAAUGCGCUGAUUUGCGCAUCACUGGACCAUCCGUAGAUACCCGUUGCGUCGCCUCCCUCCUUCGUUUUGAGACAUUGUAAUGUCUCCUAACUGAUCAGAAUCUGUAAGUUUUUAAAGUAUCAAUUAAUUUGCAGAAACAGUCACCUUGACGUAUGAGAGCUUGGUGAAUAAAGUCGUCAGAGCCUUAGAAUAUUUAAGUAAUCUUCUCACGCUAAUGAUUUUCUCUCUGUGUGAGGUCCCUUUAUACCUCAGCUUGACUUAAUUGACUUUCCUAACAAACACUAUUUCUUUGUCCAACGAUAAAUAAACGAAUAGGCCAGUUCAUUUUUUGAAUACUGGAUAAGGCUGCUAGCCCCCCCCCCUGGCGUGGUUCUCGUCGAGCCGUCGUGUUUUUUCAAAAUUAAUUUGAGAAUACACACUAGUCAUUCGAAUGCCUUCUUAAUAUUCCGGGCAUUGUUCUGGUCACAGGUAACGAAUGCGACUUAUAAUGUGUCGCCGACAAACGCGGGGAAGACCAAAAUGUCAGUUUCUGGCUCGUUGGCUGUCGUCAGCCAGCCCUACCUAACCCAAGGCACAUCGGGAUGAGUACGUUCCGCAAUCCCUCUAUCAUAAUACAGCUUACCACCACUCUCAGCUAAAAGAUAAUGGACACGACAGUUCGACCGUCGAUUCCGACGAUGUCCACCGUGUGCUACACAGUACUAGACACACUCGGCCGAUAAAGAGACGUAAAAUAUUGACCGACUUCCACAACUGCGAACACUUUGGACGACAUCUCAGAUGUACAGCAUUCUCAAAAAAAUCAGAAGAGAGGAUGAUGGUUGUUAGAUACGUUCUCCCAGCAAACUACUUCUUGUGCGUUAUUUUUGAGAUUUCAAGCAGUCAGUUCGAAGCGGCAUUUUCGCCUGCUUAUGCUGGAUAGAUUCAGCUGAGCACAAGACGGGAAGACUUCACUUAAUCGGAUACGGAUACUACUUAGUAUUCGUCUCCCUGCGUCUAAAAGAGUUCUUUCUGACUUUGCGAAAGGUAUCUACUAUUACACGGGAUUAGCCCUCUACGAUCGCCAGCCCGCAAAUGAUAGAAAGUGCUGCCGAAGGAUCGAAGGCCGCUCACUGCCACUGUUCAUCCUCACCCAGUACGAUUGUCAAUCCAGUGAGAGAAAGACGAGAACGAGUUUUUGUUCUCCUGUUCUUCAUUCAGGGGAGGCUGAGUAUGCGCAAGCUGCCAUUACAUCCAUGGGACAAUACCUGUCUGCUUUCCCUGCGGACGAACAAACUGCUAAAACUGGUGCGAUCUUGUGCACGAUAGAGUCACCAUUCAAAGGAUGGACAGAUAAGGUGAUUGCGGUCACAACCAGUGAGCCCUAUUGGCUGAGACGACACAAGUUCAGAUCAGGGGUAAUGAGACAAUGCGUACCCGACUUUCUUGAGUGAAUUGCUCUGCGGCAAGUGUUUUCUGAUGUUCCCACUAACGUAGCCAUCUGUGCUUCUUUCAUUGGCCCUCUAGGCGGCACCAGGAUUCCCACUACGUGUGCUCUCUUUCCCUGUUCGAAUCAGUACGCCCCGAAACCCAUAUACGUCACUCCUGUCUCGCCUACUGCAUCAGCUCCUAAGAUGGCAGAGAAGCGACAGUUCUUCGACUUUGACGGCUUCUUCGCAGAUCAAAUUGACAAAAAGAGGUCAACCUCAACAUAUAGGGUCUUUAGAAGGAUUCUGCGAGAUGCCAACGAGUACCCCUUCGCUGAUGAAUUCUCCAAUGAUGAGCGCCGCCGAAUCACGGUCUGGUGUUCCAACGAUUACCUGGGCAUGAGCAGACAUCCCAAGGUCCAGGAGUCGGCAAGGUGAUUUGUUGGUUUUAUGUCUCAACCAGAUGUAUGCCUUUUGCAUGUUUUUAGUUGACCGUUUGGGCUGGACCACAGUUGGUGUUUCUCAUACCCAUCUGUCUCCAGAGCCGACCCGGCCACUGGUCACUUCUAUAGACAGGAGUAUAAGUGAACAAGAAGAAGAGGAGUCGAGCACCGAAACAUUUUUUUAUUGCCCCGAGCUUUCGGCCUCGUGCAGCAGUCCAUCGUCAGAGGUAGUAGCAGCAACAGAACAAGCGACAAUUAUAGGCCAAUCACCGAACGACUGCGCAGGAUUCUGUACGCCGUCUCCAGAUGGAUAAAUCGAUUGACCCGAGUUCUCGUCCGAGGCCCAGGCUUUAGUCAAUUUUCGGCCUGUUUUGUUUCCGAUGUGGGCGGCCACUUGUGAUAAUGCGUCGCCUCGUCACACAGCUAGUUUGUGUUCGUGCAUGCGCGGUCUGAGCAUGCGUCCAGUCUGGCCUGUGUAGUCACAAGAACAGUUUGGACACGGGAUGCGAUACACAACUCCAGACUGCUCUUCAGGCUUUAACCGGUCUUUGAUUUUCAUGACUGUUGCGCAUGGUGACCUUGGGGCGGUGUGCAAUUCCAACACCUAGCUCCGCCGCAAUGCUUUCGGUCGCUUCCGAAACACCUUUGAUGUAUGACAUUGAAUGCCAUAUCGUCGGUGGUGUUGUUGUUCGUGUCCUCUUGGGGGCGACCGCGUAGGCAGCGACUUAUGAAUGCCCUCAGAUAGCAAUUUAGCAAAAACUGGUCGCGGAGAUAACGGGCCUCGCGCGCUCUGUCCUCUAAUUUGCUGCACUGAGUUGGAAUCCGUUUGAAGAGUGUCUUCACACAGCUUCGUUUGUAAGCCACCGAAUAGUUGCUGUGAAAACUGAGAAGCUGUGUGGUGUUCGCUGCCUUCCUAUAAACUGUCGUUUAAAGUUCACCGUUAAGGUUUCGUCUGACAAGUACAUUCAGGAAGGGCGACUGCUGUUCCUGUUCCGGUUUUUCUUAUGCAUACAUCUGGAAUUCGAAAUUUCGCCGUCAGACAGGAGUAUGCAUGAUCUCUUGUGCCUUCUGUUUAUUCGUUCGUCACCUUGGAGAAUCAUGUCUGACGCAUGACACUUAGGUUUUAAUCCGGGCCUGCGAGCGUUCAAGUGGAUCCGAGUCAUUGCCGCAUACAGAUCAUGCAUGUGGUCUCCCGGCUUUCUCAUGGUCACAGUCAUCGCCAUCCUGGAUCGGGCCGUACCUUGCGAAAUAAGACAGCGGCUGGUCUCCUCUGAAUGUCAUGUCUAGUCACUGAAUUCCCGCCUGCUAGGUAGGGGGAUUCGCCUAAAUUUGCGCAAAUGGGCCUUCUUGAGUACAGCAUGAUAAAAGUAAAGAAUAGAUGGGAGGAUUCAAACACCUUUAGUUGAUGCUUUUGCGCUCCCACGUUGUAGAUGCGCGGAGCAACACGGGACCAUAUCGGACUCUGCCAGGAGUUAUCGAAAUGCACACCAUAACAUUUGUCAACAUUUCGGGGUGCGAUGGCAGACCCAGUUGCCGGCUGACGUCGCGUACCCUAGGACCCCUGCCGCCCCCCAUGCUUGUUGUUAAUUAAAAUCCUGGUCGUUUGCUGUGUGGACCAGGGGAUGUGGUGUGGAGCGCCAUCCACUUGCACCCUCAGCCGCCCCCGGUCAUUUUGUCUAUGUCUUGACACCGGGUCUAGGUGGUGGGGGAACUGCAGAGGCCCACCAUCACCAUAAACUAAUUCCCAGCCAAGUCACCGUGCCUGUGGCAACGACGGUCGAACUGUCGGUUAUAAAGGCAUAUUAUUUGCAUGUUAAUCUCAAAGGCAUCUGGUAGACUAUCAGCCGGCAACGGCCUUAUGAGUCGCUCAGGGGGGUGACGUUCACUGAUUACUUAAUGCUACGCAACUGCCUUUCAGGAUUACAGAUUGAACCUCAAGGCGCAACGGGCCAAGCAUGUCUCGUAACUCGAUCGGUGAAUUCCUCCCACCGUAGUUUACCGAUCUGCUCUGACCUCAGGCGAUUCAGCUAUGACCCGAGUUCAGGUCAAGAGUCUACACAGACGGUCGCACAACGGCGAUCAGUCAGUGGCAGAGGGGCAUUACACUCAAGACCAUAGGGGAUUGAAUUGGCUUCUUCUGGCGUAUUUGCCAUCGCCAGCGAGCCAUAACCGAACUCCCUCAGCGUGAUCCCAUUUUGUAGACGUUCACUUCCCAUUUCUCGCCUUGUGUGUACCAGCCGGCAAUUUGAUAAAUUUUACGUACCAACAAAGAACAGGGUGACCAGCGAUCGCCACUAGCCGUUCUCAGCCAGUCCUGCGCAAACCCCGGGUUUUCAGGACUUGCGGCCCGAACCCGCCUUCCUGGGUCGUUGGGCGUUAGGAAGCCCAACGCCCUGCCAUCUGAGUUGUCGGUUGUGAUGGGGCGUAUUCGCUAGCUUCUCCCUUUCAUUGCUUUCGAUUAUAUGCCUCAUUAGUCUUGUUUUAGCUUCUUUCCAGACCAACUUAGCAUUCACCGGAUUGUAGACGUGGAAGCAUCAAGCUGACUGGGAAGGGGAGGGGGGUUAUUACUAGUUUACUGUGUCGACUGAGUUAAAUUAGGAGUAUUUUCAACUUUCCCCGCCCAAAUUCUAGUUCCUUGCUUGUAUUUCAUUCACCUGGGAUUGUCCUCGUCCAUCGCCCUCCCCCCGCCGCCCCUCACCUUUCGUGUUCUCACGACUGUAGGAAUGCCAUUAGGCGUUUCGGUGUCGGUUCGGGCGGAACACGCAACAUCUCCGGAAACUCCCUCCUCCAUGAGGCCCUCGAGCACGAAUUAGCCGACCUGCAUGGCAAGGAGGCGGCUCUGGUCUUCUCCAGCUGUUACGUUGCUAACGAGGCCACACUGUACACCCUCGGCACGUCCAUUCCCGACCUGCAGAUUCUCUCUGACGCGGGAAAUCACGCCUCGAUGAUACACGGCAUACGUACCAGUCGGGCCGCCAAGCACAUCUACCGGCACAACGAUCCGAACCACUUGAAGGAGCUCAUCCGUAAGAUGCCUCCGGAGUUGCCAAAGUUGGUCGCCUUCGAGACGGUGCAUUCGAUGACAGGUUAGAUGGCUGCAUUUUCUCGAGAUUUUGCGUGAUCCCAUUCAGAUUGGCGAAAGGUGCUGCACCGGUGCCGCUCCAGUAACUCCCAAAACUCGUAGAGCAUACAGGGGGACAGAGGGGGGGAGGGUUAGUUGCUUCUCUCCCAGAUGCACUGUCGGAACUUCAGUACAGCGGUCUGCUUUUGGUUCAUCAGCUCUAAGUGUCUGCGCGCUGAUUGCACUAACAAGCGCUGGUCGGGCAUAUAUUUGCAUGAACUAACUGUAGCCAGUCUCCCACCAUCUCGCUGUCCUCUGCAUGUCAAAAACUAUUACGCGCAAAUAGUUUUGGUCAUGGUUUGCUUCGGAAACAGAGUCCUGCGGAGCAGCAGUUUGACCGCCGUAAGCGACACUGUACCGCGUUCCCUACGGAGUGAGCACGACAGCGGUGACGUGCGCGCGUGCGAAUCACUUUAUAGGGAGACGGACUUGCGAAGAAUCUAUCGCACUCCCUCCUGCAUCAUCAGCCUUGCUCCGGUGUAACGAUGACCGGAGGUGGAUGCGGGCGCUGUGACCACUCACUGCUGGCCCCCACAACAUGCACUAGGCUACUGUAAAGGCAGCUGAGAUCUCGCAUCCAUGAGAGUGCCAUAAAGGCUACAUUGGGAGGAAACCGUUACAAUCACUCCCUGCAGAUUGAAAGCAAUACAACCAGCUUGACUGUUUCCAUUGCGGACCGUGUUUUCCGAUCUAUGCAAUUUAUGUGAAUUCUACAGUUUGAACGUCCAUCCCCCCUUUUCUUACUGUGUCAUCGGCUUUUUUUUCACACAGGUGGGAUUUGUCCAAUUACCGAACUGCUAGAAGUGACUCAACGCCACAACGCCCUCUCCUUCGUUGAUGAGGUACAUGCUGUCGGUUUGUACGGACAGCAUGGUGCUGGGGUGGCCGAGGAGGUUGGCUGCAUGAGUCAAAUUAACGCAAUCACCGGUACUCUGGGCAAGGUAUGUCGGCUCCCAACCUGCCUACAUAUGCUCUGUUUCCUCCUCUUGUUCUUUCGCUUGUGUUAUUACGCUUCCGUUCCGGGUGUAAAGCGCCUAAAUGAUUUCGCCCAACCUUGAAUGUCGUGCUACGUUUCCUACAUAACUUGCAGGACCAGAGGUAGCAGUAUUCAGGCACACAUGUCUUGUGUUUAAGAAGGCAAGUUUUCAGUCUUGAAAAACUUGAUCUAGGGACCUUUAGGGACGCAUCACUGAAUAUGCUCGCAGACUGUGUCCGCAGGUUUCUUAAGCACUCCUACAGGCCAGGUGUUGAUGGUGUUAUGCGGCUGUGGGUACCAGCUAAAGGGCUAUCAUUAUGUCCUGCUCUCCGCAGACUACAUGUCUUACUUUCAUAUAUGGCUGUUUGCAAAUGAUGCCUCACGUUAGUUCUCCAGCGAAAUUCUCAUGCAUUCGAGGUCGGGGCGGCUUAUCUUUCAUGCCUCCGGCACGUAGAGCGGUCAGAUGUACAGUAGGCGGGCUAACUCAUGAAAUGCCAACCGGAAUUCUGAAGUGCGUUUUCGUUUCGAAAGGAUUAAUUAAGUAGGGCUGUAGAACUAGUCAGCCUGCAACAUCAUUCUACAAAAUUCCAGUUACCUCCGGGUGCCGGCUUUCAAAUGGACUUCCUUCCGGCUGUAAAAGAAUGACUACAUAAGUAGCAUGAAUUUUUCUCAUUGAUUUUCUAUGCCCCUAAAAGUCCAACUAUAUUUCAUGGAAAACAUGCAUAAAAAUAUUCAUUCUUUUGUUCAUUUGGUAGAUAAUUACGUCUUCUUCUAAUUUUAUACCCGAAGAAGGAACAUAAUUCGGUUUUAAAAAGGUUCCCAAUUCCCGAAUAAUUUUGAACCCGCUCUACCGUUACACUUGGAUUCGGGGUUUCCAAACUACAAGCCGUAUAUUUUCCGCGUACAGAAAACCACACAUUUCUCUACAGUAAUAAAGGGGGAUCAUAUAGGGUUUAUAAAAUUAAGCAGUGGAUUUGAGCCAUAUCGUUAACUUUACAAGACACAUUGGUAAGUGCAGAGAUAUGACGAUUUACGAACUGCCAUUUCACGGUAUUUAAAAGUCCCACAAUGAGAACCUUUUUUAAAACCGAAUUAUGUCCUUCCUUCGAGUGUACGAUUGGAAGAGGACGUACUUGUCUACCGAAUCAGCAAAAGAAUGAAUAUUUUUAUGCAUGUUUUCCAUGGAAUAUAAUUGACUUUUUUAGGGGCAUCGAAAAUCAAUUAGAAAAAUGCAUACUACUUAAGUAGUCGUUUUUACAGAGUGUAGCUUUUUGCAUGCAUGCAAAAACUACUACAGUUAGGGCUAUGUCUAAGACCUACAGUUAUAUUUACGAUUUCGGUUAGGGUUAGAGUUAAGGUUGCCGUUAGGGCUAACGGUUAAGGUUAGGGUUAAGGUCGCCGUCCGCUUCCCCAUUCCUGGCUACCAACUGCGAUCUAGCCUGUGCGCUGCCUCCGCUAUGUGGAGCCAAAGCAUGCCUCAUUGACCUAUACAGCCCACUUCACCGUCCCCCCAUCUUCUCUCCUCUAGGCCUUCGCAAGCUUCGGCGGCUACCUGGCUGGCAGUCGCCUGUUGGUGGAUAUGCUUCGUUCAUACGCCAGCGGUUUCAUCUUCACCACGUCUCUGCCGCCGCCUGUGCUGGCCGCCGCGAGGGCCAGUAUUGCCAUCUUGAGGUCCUCCGAGGGUCAGGAGUUGCGUGCUGAGCACAGACGACGUGUGGCCAUGGUGCGCAAUCGCCUCUUCGAGGCUGGCCUGCCUGUCGUGGACGUGCCCUCGCAUAUCAUACCAGUCAGGGUGAGUGUUUCUGGGCGCUUUUUUGCAGCUAGCCUGGGGAAGGAGGGGCCGUUCAACUGUUGCGAACGAUGUUAUCCACCGCGUUCCCCACGGAAUGGACGCCAGACGAUGACUUGCGCACAAACUGCAGCAUAUGACCUAACUGUCCCUAAAAUAGUCCACGCAGUAUACAGUGCGUGACUGAUCUCAUGAAAUGUUGGCCAACAUUCUGGAAUGCCUUUCCGAUUGGGAAGGAUUACUUAAGUGGGGUUGUGAUACUGGUUAUCAUGCAGCAUAACCCUAUAAGAUAUCGGACUCGCCAGGAGGUUGGCUUUUGAAUGCACUUCUUUUCGACCUCCUACAGAAACCACACUCUGUAAAAAAUGAUUGCUUAAGUCAUAUUGACCCAACUGUGAAAAACUCGGCGCCUCGGUGGGAUUCGAACCCACGCAGUAAGGGGAAGGCUUUAGUACAGCCAACGCUCUAACCACUUGAGCUUCGAGGCCCCGCCGGACGACGCGAGUUUAAUCAUAUUUGGGUCAAGUUACCCGCCCAACCUACUGCAACGUCUGGAAUCCACCAAAUCUGAUACAGUAAGUUGACUGCCCAAGCAGGGUUUCCUAAGUAACUUGACCCAAAUAUGAUUAAACUCGAGUCGUCCGGCGGGGCCUCGUAGCUCAAGUGGUUAGAGCGUUGGCUGUACUAAAGCCCUCCCCUUACUACGUGGGUUCGAAUCCCACCGAGGCGCCGAGUUUUUCACAGUUGGGUCAAUAUGAACUAUUCAAAAUCUGCCAAAAUAUCUAUGGAUUACCUAAGUGGCAUGCAUUUUUCCUAUUGAUUUUCGAAAGUCUUAUAAAUUCAAAUAUAUUUCUUAGAAAACAUGCACCAAAAUAUGUUUUAUUUUGCUCAUUUUAUAAGUAAUCACAUUCUCUUUAUAUUUUAUGCCCGAAGAAAGUGUAUACUUAGGUUUUUAAAAUGUUUCCCAAUUCCCGAAUCAUUUUCAGCCUGAUCUGCCAUUGCAUCAGCGUUUAGCAAUUUCAGUCUACAAGGAACACGCUUUCCGCGUAAGGAAAAUCAUAUAUUCUUCUAUGCCUUUAAGAAAAUACCACAUAGAGUUCAUGAAAUUUUGCAAUGGAUCCGGACUGUGUUGUAUAUUUCAUGAGGAGCAUUAGUAAACGGUCAUGUGCGGUCAUCGCACAUCGCACGGUCUUAAAAAUCUCAUAAUUAGAAACUUUUUUGAAACCGAAAUAUGCACUUUCUUCGGGCAUAAAAUAUGAAGACAAUGUGAUUUCCUACUAAAUGAUCAAAAGAGAGCAUAUUUUGCGCAUGUUUUCUGUAAAAUAUAUUUGAAUUUAUAAGACCAUCGAAAAUCAAUAGCAACAAUGCAUGCUACUUAAGUAAUCAUUUUUUACAGAGUGUGGUUUCUGUAUGAGGUCAAAAAGAAGUGCAUUCAAAAGCCGACCUCCUGGCGAGUCCGAUAUAUUAUAGGGUUAUGCUGCAUGAUAAUCAGUAUCACAACCCCACUUAAGUAAUCCUUCCUAAUCGGAAAGGCAUUCCAGAAUGCUGGCCAACAUUUCAUGAGAUCGGUCACGCACUGUAUGCCCCAGGGGGGGGGGGGGGCUAGAUUGGAGUCCGGGACGUGUUAUCAGCAAUGCGCACUCAUAACAGAUGCCAACACUGGAGGUGUGGUGGCAGACCCAUUUGCAGACGCACGCCGCGCUAAUUGGGAUUCCUUCCGCCCCCCCUCAUUUUUGUUGUUGAAAAUCCUGGUCACGCAUUUUUGUGAACCAGGGAGUGUGAUGGUUUGCCUAGGUGCGAGACUUCACCGUGCCAGCAACCCACCUCCUAACUCCGGUCUUCGAGGAGAAGAAUAGACUCUGGUAGAUGCUGCACUACCAAUAUCCACCGUGUGCUCCACAGCACACGGUGGAUAUAUUCACCUACAGAUUUGUUAACAUCCAAAGGCUGAAGGAAGGCUUUCCGCAACGCUUUUUUUAGCGGUAUCUUCCCAGCGGUCCGCCAAAUCAGGUUAUCUGAAACUCUAGGACUGUCACUGCGUGUGUCCUGAAGCCUUGACUUAAAUGACCUGGAUACGGAAAAUCGCUGAAAUAUUUUAUUUUUGUAGUUCAUUUGAUACAGAAAAGGUCAGGGCAACCUCCUUCCCUCGUUUUGUCCUUAUAUGGUUCAAGUGACACCCCAGCUCGUACCAAAGGCGUCACUGGAAACAGAACCGAGUUUUUGGAGUGCAGACAACAUUAACUGCGGCAUACAACCUAACUGUUCCCUAAAAGGGGCCACGCGGUAUAUGCGCUAGAUCAACACGAUCCGGCGCGUGCUAUCAGGAAUGCGUACCCAUAACAAUUUCCAACAUUGAGGAAUUAGGAUUCCUUCCGCCCCCAUUUUUGUUGUUGUUGUUGUUGUUGAAAAUCCUGGUCAGGUGUUUUGUUGUGGAUCUGGGGAUGUGGUAGUACGCCAGUGUGUGUGGGUUUUCGCUGUGCCAGUCUCCUUGACUCGCUCGUAACACCAGAUGCAGGUGAGGAGAGAGUGCGGCAGAUGCUGCGCAAGUCCACGAUCUCUGUGAACUCAUUCAGGCGCAAGUCACCGUCUCUAUUCUCAUCCUGCUGCGGAGCACUCGGUGGACAUAGUCGAAACCGGUGGUCAGACCGUCAUGUGAGACGCAACUCACUCGCAAACCAGCAAAAAUGAGUGUACCAAAGCUUUGAAAUAACAAUGAACGACGUUAAGGCGAAUUAAGAACAUAGAAGAAAUAUUAAAAUUGAUAUUACGUUGUUUAGAGACACCAACGUUUUUAGAAAAGCGGAAAGUUCUGAAAACGUCAAAAAUCGUUAUAACUGAGUAAAUUUAAGUUUUCGAUGCACAGAAAGCCUUUUUAUGCAAAAAACUGAGUAAAUAAAACAGCACAAGUAGAAUAGCGUCUGACAAUAGUGCCUUAAUGAAGUUUUCACCCAAAUGCCAUUCACAAAUAAGUAAAAUGUUAAAUAUGGCGGCUAGCAAACAGCACACGGGUUGAGUAUAGACUCUAACACGGUUUCGCAAGAAUUGGCUGUAUUUUUCACGUUUUUCUAUUGUUUGAGAAGCUAGCAGGUUCUCGCAUGAUUUCACCGACAGGGGCGUCACAGGAGUAAAAGUUUUCACAGGGUCAUAUGUUGACAGGCACGUCAGUGGCCAAUAAAUUUAAACUGAAUUGUCAGGUACAGUCGUAAACAUACAAUUUUGUGCAUAUUAAGGGGACUUUCCUUCCGUCAAAUCUCUUUAUAGUUAUUCCUGGUGCCUGGAGCACGAUGAGUUUCAGACCGUCCUUGAAACAGCGGUGAAUAUUUCAUGAUUUGCAGUGAUUUCAAUAAACUGCCCACAAAUGUACAUUCUGCUCAAUGUGUUUAUCAAAACCUUGAAACCGUUUGCUAAAGUAGUGACUUCUCAGACAUUUUCUAGUGCAAAUAACCGCUUAGGUCAUACUUUCGAACUCACCUAAACCUGGAACCUCAUCGCCGAGAAAAAUGAACGUCGACAAUGAAUAUGGCCUAGAUCAGUCAAAAACUUUCUCUCAUAAGUUAAUUUCCUAAAAAGCGAUUCCACUAUGUAUUUUGCUGACGGAGGCCUGAUAACUUUUUUCCAAUGUCAAGUCAGGGCAAAGAUUGGAACAGUUUAUGCGAUUUUUCACUUUCCUGCAGAUUGAUGGUCAUUUUUCUGCUGAAAAUUAAAGAGCUCAUCAUCCUCAUUGGAGCUUUUUUGUUAAAUUUAUUUACUUAUAGGCUCCGUUCUAAUAUUAUAAAUGCACAAUAGGGUGACCUUACAAAUACCUGAAACUGUUAACUCCUUGCCCGUUCCGUUUAUAAAUUACGCAUUAGCUUAAAUUAGACCGUACAAAAGGUAUUACACCGUAUGCAUAAAGCUUAAAAUAGCUAAUUUGUGGAGGGCUUUUUCGCGGCAGGUUAGUAAGGAAUCGCGAAUGGCCGGAGAACAUCAGAAGGUUUGAACAAAUGAUUGUCAAUAGGCGUUAGUACUGCGUUUUAGAGCACGAAGUCACACAGAUUUACAAAUCCGACUUUAAAAUCCGGAUAACACCUCCAGUUUUACAAAAGAAACAACAUGUCUGUUCAAACCCUAUUUCAUCUGACUUAUGUGGUAAAAAAGUCUAUUCUCGGGUGUGGCAAGUUCCGUUUGGUAGAACUCUCAAGUUUAAAUUACUCUCUUCUCGCAGAAAAACCUACGCGAAUGCUAGGAUAGCUGUUGGCAUAGGAAACCGCCGGAAUAUGAGAAAACGUAGAUUUCGACUCAAACUUGUAAAUAACUUGACUGUGAACAUACUGCGCUUGUAAGGAAGACAGUUUUCAGAACAGGCUAGGCAAAUAAGUAAAAUAUGCAGCAUUUCAGUUGCCCACGUUUGUUCGUCUCAAUUUUCAUCAUGCCUCCUGAGUUAGGUCACGUACUGCCUACAUCACGCGCCGCUGUGCGGCUGCUGGUUGGGCUCGGGAGGGAGCGCCCGUAAGGCACAACGAAACGAGUGAGUUACGUAAGAAUGAUCGGUGAGCGCCCCCUACCAUUGUAUAUUCCCGAUCGAAAACCGACAGGGCAACGGGCUCUUGGCCCAGGGGUUAGGGGCGUGGACUUCUAACUAACAGAUCGCGAGUUCGAGGCUCGGGUGUUUCACACUUCGGGCUUGAGUAUGACUGGCUGACGAUGGCCAGUAAGCCAGAAAUGGCCAUUCCAGUCUCCGUCGUCUUUGUCGGUAAUAACAUACUGCUCACGUACUGUAGUUUAAUGUGAAGCAAACUCGUGAAGCACCCCCACUUCCAUAACCCACCCUGGCUCCACUGGCAAGACAACGUGUGUCGUGAGCCGGUCUGACCCCCAUCUCGAUCCGGCACAGACUGUCGGGUGGGGGGCAGGUCGAAACGCAUGCUGAUGCGGUCGUGUCUGAGCCACACGACCCCAUCCAGCCAUCUGAGAACACACAAGGGUAGCAUCGGACCGUCCAGCUAUGUCCCUGCAAAGUUUGUCAGCUCUUCUCUACCGAUGCACUCAGUGUGUAGCAGUUAGUAAAUGAGUGUACUGAGACCGCUGCAAUCAUCAGGCCAAAUCCCCUGUUGUAGCCAAGAAAAAUAGAAGUCACCAGAUUGGGGGGUUUAUUAUAUACAGAGCCCCAAGUUGUCCUCGCAGGCGGUAGUGGCCUCUGGUGGGUCCAGGGCUAGUGUUGACUGCGUCCCGUCAUGCCUGAGAGUUCUGUUAAACGGUAGUGGCAGUUGCUUUUAGUGGGAGCCAGGUUCAAGUGUUGUCCAAUGGGUGUGUUGCAUUUGCCGAGGGGUGGUUCGUUCAAGUGACGCGUGGGCAGCUGCGACUCUGUGGACGCACGUGUGUCUGCCUUGAAUUCGGUCGAGUGGCUGCAUGCCAGCCCGUGUGGAACCACUCGUUGUGAGCGGGAAUGACCUUGAGACAAGGACGCCAGACAUGGCCAUAAUGGUUGUCGACAAACGGUAUAUUGCCUCCCGAAGACAACAUCAGCCUCCAUCGAACGUGAAACCCAACCGCUGAUGGUACAGUGAAAGGCAUCUACCUCUUACGCACUGGCAUCCCAGUCUGAGCCCUGCCAGACUUUACCUCUCUUGAAAGAAAAAAAAGACAAGCAGUAGGCCAAAUUGAAUAAUGUGGCACUCGCAGACGGGGCGUCCAGCGUUGUCAGCCACUGCGCCUAACUCCAUGGGUAUUUGGUUAACAGUCUGGGAAAUCCAUCCACACGACAAAUCAGUGCAUUCUUUACUAUAGUAAAUCUGACUCGUCUGAAUCUGUGAAGGCGCGCUGAAAGUGGUGACUUCUUAGGCUAUCAACUGACGGGAAUACCUCGGUCCUUCUCAGACAAUAGCGGCUCCUUCAUGUGGUCAUUUGGCCUUCUAAUCUGUGUGAGGUCCGAGGUCAUGUGUGUGGCACGCGUAGACGGACUGCCUAUCCCUGCCAACAACUGUGACUGCGCCUAUCUCCGGUUGUUUUGUCUUCGUUGCGGGGUGGGUGAGGGCAGAGGGAGUAAGAGAGUGUGGUAGUUGCUGUGCACGUCUGAUUCGUCCUAAACUGGUUCGCGCGCCCGCCCUUUAGGGACAUCCGGUGGAGGUCGUGCUUGCAAUUGUCAAGCGAGGAACAUGCCUGUUGCAACCGUCCUCGCGGCGGGUUCACCAAGUGGAUGAGGACAACCAACCUUCCUCAACGUUCAGUUUCAGGUUGCUGCUUUUACUGAAACCGAUCAGGCCAGUUCUCUUAACAAGUUGACUUUACAACCAGUACUCAACUGCCGCGGCCGUUAACCCCCUAGACCACAGGGUUGCCUGUGAUAAUUGCAUCGUGUGCGCGCGCCAAGAUUAUUCCUGCUUCUUGUUUUUUUUUCAGGUUGGCAACGCCGCACUGUGCACUCGGGUCUCCGAGGAUCUGCUCUGGAAACACGGCAUAUAUAUCCAGUCGAUAAAUUACCCAACCGUGCCAAAGGGCAGUGAACGCCUCCGCAUAGCGCCGUCUCCGUUUCACACGGACGAGCUGACUGACAAGCUGAUAGAUGCCCUGGUCAGUGUGUGGAGAGAAAACGGCCUCCCAUUGGCCGUAUAG